CAGACACGCACUUACACUCACACACAGCCAUGCCGAUCUGCUCGAUCUCUUGCAAACGCACGUGUAAUGAACGAACGCCUACUGACUGCAUCGGACGCGAGCGAUAAUAGGGCCCAUUGAAGAAUUCAUGAGUGAACACAUGAACGCUCGAAGAUCAUUCUUGAUCGCUUUGUACUGGCCCUUCUCUGACUGGUAACUUGGUAGUCCAGGACUCGAUGGUGAAUUCCGGUUUGGUGGUUAGUUAGUACUACGGUGUCCGUUGAUCGGAUCGCGCGCGCUUUUUUCGUGGGGUUGAGUUUUGUUCGUUCGAGUUAUCCGUGUAACGGAACUAGGGACUCGCCGGGUGGUGCUAAUUUAUCCGAAAUCGAAUUCCGUCCCGCGGAAGGGUGCAAACACUUCUUCGAUUGUUGCGUGUUGUUUUGUCGGGGGAAUUGCUAGAUGCGGUAAGGUUCCGAGGCAAGCGCCUGCGCGGUCAAUAUUCGCCGUACCGUCCGUGAACGUGUUUGUGUAUUUCAGCCCUUUUUGUUGUGGCACGCACCGGUCGGGUUGUGCUCCGGGCCGCGACGACGGGUGCAGUUCAUAUCGGAUUAAUCGUGUCAAAGGCAACAGCUGAUGGUUUCCGAGUGUAACCAAAUUUUGUGACUAGUGAUCCAACGAUUGAAGUUCGGCUGCAACGUGGUUCCAAUUAAGUGCUCGUUGCUGGUUGGGAUUCGAAUUUCAAAAAGUAAACAACACGCUUCGGGGUUUGUGUAUGAUUCAUCCCAGGAUCCUGCGCGGAGAAAUAAAAAAAAAACGAGGGAAUAAUUCCAUGAAUGAAAGUUCACGAAAGUAUCCUUGCGACGCCAGAAUUCUGCAUCACUUCCCCACCGGUUUAUAUUUUCGCCCGUGUCGUCGCCCUUCUUCGAUCUUCCGGAGAAACGGCUCUGACGGAAGGCGCGCCAGCCGGCAUUGGAUAUGCUAGUAAAUUCGUUAGUAUACAGGAAGAAGAAAGAAAACGUGCUAAAAAAUAUAAAAUAUCCGUUCUUUGUUAGCCGUGAGUGUCCCCAGGAAAUGUGCGAAUCGUGUCUUGAAAUGAAGUGAAAUAAGACACGAAGCUGAUUCGUGGUGCCGGUCAUUAAUCGUUUUCAUGGGGCUACGGCGGGAAUGGAAGAAGCUCUCAACGGUGGGCUGAGUGCAUAAAAAAAAGUUUUGAUUGUCCGGAGGCUACGGAAUAAAAAAAAAGAGAAGAAAAAAAGCAUACAUAUAUUAGUUCGAAAAAGCCGGUUUUAAGUGAUAUAAUAAGUGCUGUUGAGGUGCUCGAAAUCAAUACAAAAGCCGCGAUGGCUACCGCGGCUGGUAGAGAGCGGAAGAUGUGUCCGAAGCAGUGGAAUACCUUACUGCUACCGAUAAUCGGUGGCUUGCUCCUGAUUCCCUUCUGCUGGAUUCGUUUGAUCUCCGGACUACCAUUGGAAACGUCGCGGUCCGAUGGUUCGCAGUCGAAGUCGUGGGAUUUCGACGAUAAUGUGCAAAACUAUUUAAUGGAGUUUGGUUACCUCCCGAAAUCGAACAUCGAGACGGGGAACCUUCGCACGAUGGAUCAACUGAAACAGGCAGUGAGACAAUUUCAGUCGUUCGCUAAUUUGAAUCCAACGGGCGAUAUCAACCGGGAAACAUUGGAACUGAUGCGGAAGCCCCGUUGCGGGGCCCCGGAUCUUCCCAACUCACCGGACUUUCAGCCAUCCAACAGUUUGCACCCACAGCACUAUCAGCACCGGCGGCAUCGGCGGUUCGUGAUCCAGGGCCAGAAGUGGGAGCAUCCCAUCGUAACUUGGAGGUAA